AUGAUUUGUCCCAAAAACAGAUUAGAAGAAGAAUGCAAAAACUUACUCUCAAGGUAUACAUUAUCAAAAGGUGAAUGGAUUGGUGUCACUAAUGGAGAUUAUGUCGCAAUUCAUUACAAAGACAAAAAACAAAUUACUUUUCUUUCCAACAUGGUUACUUUGAAGAAAAGCAAGAACAAGAAGAAAGGAGCUCCUAAAGUAAAAGAGCUCUAUGAGAAGAAGCAUGUGAACGUAGAUGUGGCUGAUAGAUAUGCACAUAUGUAUCCCAAUUGCCAUCGGGUCAACAAGUGGACUCAAGCAGCAUGGAUGGGAAUUUUCCGAAUUGUACUCGCAAAUUCAUGGAUUUUCUAUAAGAAAGCCAAAAACACUGAUAUUGAUUACAAAUCAUUCCUGAUGAGAGUGGCUGUCGGAUUUGCCCAAAAAGCAGGUGCUGAUCUUGAUGAUGAAGGAAAAAACUAUAUGAUGUUCAUAUGA